CGUCAUUCAAAUAUUCAACUUUACGCGCGUGUAAUCCACUUCCACUCUCACUACCUUUUCUUUUUGUCAAAAUAAUAAUAAUGUCUCCAAAUAUGACCAACAAAACAUGAUCCUACUUUGGAUUGCUUCGCCGCUCUCUUUCAUUCAUCUCUGCAAGUAACACAAUUCUGCUUCAGUUAACAGUAUCUGUUUCACCAAUUUCAAUCUUGCUUCACUCUUUCAGGGGUUAUUCACUCUCUAUUUUGUUCUAAUCACUUGUUAAGGUUUUGACCUACAUUGCUUUCUGCAGGUUUGUUGAAUUGAAUCAAGGUUCAUUUUUGUUUUCCUUCCAAAUUGAGAAAUUUUUUAUUCACUUCGCAGCUAUGUAUCCUGGUGGUUACACUGCUGAAGUUACAAGCUUAUCCCCAAGAGCUACAGAAAAGGAUGUGCACAAUUUCUUCACAUAUUGUGGCAUAAUUGAGAAUGUCGAAAUCAUCAGAUCCGAUGAAUGUUCAUCCACUGCAUAUGUGACUUUUAGAGAUGCUUAUGCCUUGGAAACUGCAUUGUUGCUGAAUGGAUCCAUGAUUUUGGACCAAUGCAUAUGCAUUUCGCGUGGUGCAGAUUACAUCGAUGACUGCCAUAAUUGGAACAGCCACGAAUCAAAGCCUGAAUACAACGUUACAACCUCAGAAGACAUGCAUAUGGAUAAGUUUGUUUCUUCCCCUGGAGAAGCACUAGUUAUGGCGCAGGAGGUCGUAAAAACAAUGGUAGCUAAGGGAUAUGUUUUGGGAAAAGAUGCAUUUGUCAUGGCAAAAUCGUUUGAUGAAUCUUACAGUGUAUCAUCUACUGCGGCGACCAAGGUUGCCGAACUCAGCAGUAAAAUUGGGUUAACUGACAUAAUCAAUUCUGGUUCCGAAACCUUUAGAUCCGUCGAUGAGAAGUACCAUGUUACAGACAUCACUAAAUCAGCUGCAACUGUGACCGGAACAACAGCUAUAGUAGUGGCAACAGUUACAGGGAAAGCCGCUGUGGCGACCAGUAAUGCCAUUGUCAACAGCAAAUACUUUGCAAAAGGGGCUCUCUGGGUUUCAGACAUGUUGAGCCGUGCCUCGAAAGCUGCCGCUGAUCUUGGGCAGCAUGGGAAGUGAAACUCCAAAGAUGUAAAUUGAUCUCAUAUAUGUUCAACUGUUGUAUGUACUCAAAAUAAACCAAUAGAAAUGCUUGUGUUAUUGAUCUAAGCUAUAGAGUAUGAGGAUUGAACUUGUUUGUGUAUCAUUUUUAGAAAUCAGAGAAAAAUGUAGAGUUUCUGUGUUACAUACAUUGUUCCUUGUAAGUGUUGCAUAAUGUUAAACUAA